AAGGAACGACCCCAACACAAGUGAAAAUGGCGGACGUGGAAAUGAAAGAGGCGACCACUUCUGGCGCCUCUAAGGCGAAGGAGAUGUCCAAUGCCACAGAUGCCUCCAGUGAUGGCAAGAAAAAGUUCGAGGUCAAGAAGUGGAACGCUGUGGCUCUGUGGGCUUGGGACAUUGUUGUCGACAACUGUGCGAUUUGCCGCAACCAUAUCAUGGAUUUAUGCAUCGAAUGCCAGGCAAAUCAAGGUUCAUCUACGACGGAAGAGUGUACAGUAGCCUGGGGCAUCUGUAAUCACGCCUUCCACUUCCACUGUAUCUCACGAUGGCUGAAAACUCGCCAAGUCUGUCCCUUAGACAACAGAGACUGGGAGUUUCAAAAGUAUGGUCGGUAGACUCGUAUCUGCUGCGAUUGGGUCUAGACAGCAGGCUGGCCAUGGCUUCACUCGUACAUUCUCUAACUGAGUAUGAUCGGACUGGGAGGGAUUGGGUGGCGUUGAGCGGUUUCUUUUGCAUUCCGAGCAGUGACUUUCAAAUUAUUCAUACAGAUCUAGGCUGUUUGUGAGGGACGCGGACAACCGUGAUCGAAUCAGGCUCAGAAUGAAUUGUAAAGUCCACAGCUAAAUCUCAUGCAACUUUACACCAUCUACCAUGACCCCUGCAACUCCCAUAUCUGCCGACGUCGGUGCCAGCCAUUUUUCAGGCCUCUUGUUGUACAUAGGCCAAGGCGGGAUCACCAUCAAGCCAGUUGCUACU